AUGCAAAGGCUCCGAAAAUUCUAUACACGCUCUUUGGAAUUCGUCUCGAACCUCUGCGGAAAUCUUAGCUGGACAGUGGAGAAGAGGAGUGCUUCGGCGAGUACUGAAACUGUUGCCUGUAGUGCGGCGUGGUGUUGUUCAUGCCGCCGCCUCGGUCGCCAGUUUCCCCAAUAACCUCAAGUCGAACACGCUUCCUGAUGGUGGCCGGGAUUGUGUCUAAUCUAUUUUCUAAGAAACGGUUGCACCGAUUAACAUCAAAUGUGAUGGGAAUUGUGAACGCAAACGCAUACAGUGAGCUACAUUUUUCUAUGUGGAACUUAAGGAGAGGGGGUCUCCGUACAUACAAAUUUUUUUCAUCGAACCUAUUGAUAAAAUACAGCUUCAAUAAGGAACGACAGCAUAUUAUUAACACCGCUAUUAAGAAUGGGUAUAAUCGUCAGCACAAUAGGCAUGCCCAUACAACAUUAUUUUGGCAGCAUAAGGAGACAACCCCGAGACGGAUAAGUAUCCCGUAUUCCUAACAACAUCAGGCAUUGGAUAAAAAUUUUCAAUUGGAAGUUGUAACUUCGAGUCGACCGUCCUUGUGGAAUUUACGGGGAAACGUCAACGAUCCUUUGGAAACGGAGAUUAAACGCCUGAUAACGACUAGAUUUAAUGAAUACAUCAAGGAAGCGAUAAGCAAUGUGCGGAAACAAAAGUCGUGCAUAAGAUCAUCAGUUGCAGCGCACAUUGUCGAAGAAGGCCACACCUUUCAACUCGAAAAUCUUGAGUUCUUGCGACAUGCAAACCGAACGGUAGACAACCUUGGACCUUUGGGAAAGUUUAGAAAUUUUGAGAGAAGAUGUGACGCGAUUAUUAAACACAGAUUCAGAAACCGAUGUAUCUACAGAUCAUAUGGUCCAUAUUGAGUUUGAUUUAUGGACAACACCUGACUGUUAUGGGACACCGUACGAAAAUCCAAAUCGAACAUGGUUUUUCUUCUCUAUCAAAGGUGGUCGUCCUUUUCGGAAUGUGAAACUUAAUAUUAGAAAUUUAAAUCGACAAGCCAAACUCUUCAGUCAAGGCAUGCAGCCCGUGAUGCGGAUUGGUGAAAAUGGCAAAUGGGAGCGCAUCAAAGAUAAGCCGUGCUAUGCAACGGAGAGCGAUUGUUUUUAUAUCUCAUUUAUACAUCGAGCAAAUGAAUCAACAGAUAUACCCUAUUACUACGCAUUCACAUAUCCAUUUACAUAUACGGAAUGUUUAAACAUGUUGGACAAGUUUGAUAGGAAGUACGGUAAAUGCUCACAUGAUAUUGAAUAUAUUAUAAAUCGAAUAGCUUAUCUGGAGAAAGAAGAGAAAGAGAACAGUACAAAGAAAUCAGAGCCAAUGAAGUCGAUAAGUUCUACUAAAAUGUUACCUAAAGAAUCAGCCAUCAUUGAAAAUAAUAUGGAUGAUAUGAAUCUUCCAUCACCGACAAACCUCGAAUCAGGCGGUGAUUCAUCAUCACCGAGUAUUUCAGAAUCAAUGUAUGAGAAAAUGUCGAAAAGGGAACUACAAAAUGAAAUUUAUUAUCAUCGGGAAUUAUUAAUUCCUUCACUGCAGAAGCGACGGGUGGAAUUGCUUACCAUAAGUUCGUUUUACGGAAUACAAAAUACGUUCGAGGAACGCCUAUCGAAUUUAUUUCCUGAGAUGGAAACACCGCGAUGUCGUAAUUUCAAGGAUAAGAAAAUCAUAUUUAUGUCUUCCCGUGUACAUCCUGGUGAAACUGCAGCCAGUUUCGUGCUAAACGGUUUCUUGAACUUAAUAUUAGAUCGGAAAAGCUUAAUAGGACAAACUUUGCGGCAAAUGUAUGUAUUCAAAAUAGUGCCAUUUCUUAAUCCAGACGGAGUUUAUAACGGAUUGUACCGAACAGAUACAAUAGGGCAAAAUUUAAAUCGGAUGUACAUAUGUCCGCAAAUCGACCUUCAGCCCUCUAUAUACGCUGUCAAAAAAGUAAUCAAGUACUACCAUUUGGGGUAUGAUAGAUUUGAUGAGGAUAAUAGAAAACUUACACCUAUUGAACCUAAAAAACCAUUGAUUCCUUCGAUUACUCUAACCACUAACCGGGUCUUGAAUCGGACGCCCGUAAAGAAGGAUGAAAUUUGUUCGACGGCAUCGCUUUAUGAUUUCGUGGAGAAGCUAAGAAGUGAAACAAGCAAUAUAGAAAACGAAGUGACGGAGGUGAGCAACCAAACUUACUCUUCCAAAGAAACCACAUCCUCCGAAGGCGAGGAAAAUAACAGCCCAACGACGUUGCCAAGUGCAACAGUAAGCAUACAAUCUCAGGGUAAAGUUUUCACUGAAAAAUUAAUUCCCGAAAUUAAGACGGUCGCUCAAGAACCGGCUAUGCCUAAAAAAUUGCUGGCGACCAGCAGUUUCAGCAAGCGGUCAAGCGAUCUACUUAGUCGAAAGAAUUCUGCUUUCAAGACAGUUUUUGGCUCGAAUCAUGGUGGAAUAAGUCGGAGCAAUGAGAACAAACUGAAGGACUUGCAGAAUACUUCAGCGCAACGCCCCAAAUUUAAAAAGUCAUUGAUUCGUAAAGAAGUAAAAAGUGGACAUUCGUCGAAUCUAUCACUUAAGGCAUUGAAUAAGAAAAAUAUUUUAUGCUGUCAAAAUAUUGAUAUUAGUGCAGAGCACUCGUCAAAGAUGGAAGAAGGAAUUGAAAAACCUGAAAAAAGUAAUUUGUUCCUAUAUAUGGAUUUUCAUGGACAUGCGUCUAAAAAAGGAAUUUUCAUGUACGGAAAUCAUUUUCAAAGUACAAAUGAGGCCGUAGAGUGUAUGCUUUUGCCGCGCUUGAUGGGAAUCAACUGCCAUCAUUUUCAUUGCGAUGCGUGCAAUUUUUCUGAGAGAAAUAUGUAUCGAAGAGAAAAAAGGGAUGGUCUUUCAAAAGAGGGUUCAGGCCGCGUUGCUGUUUUCAAGAUGACUGGUUUAAUUAAGUGCUAUACGCUUGAGAGCAACUAUAACACUGGCAAAUAUGUCAAUAUUCUUCCGAAUAGAGUGAAGGAGAUAAAUCAGAAACCACCGAAUAUUGUCCCGCCGAAGUAUACGCCCGCUAUAUAUGAAGAGGUUGGACGUGCUUUAGGACCAUCAAUCCUCGAUAUAACAAACUCUAACUCUCUAUCACGCAUCUACAAUUCAGAAUUUCGUUCAAUACAAGCACUGCGAAUUGCCAUACGAAAUGAAAUAGAGCGGCAUGGCUCGCAACGUUCUGUUGCGAGUUCUGGAAAGAUAAUGGCAUCACAACAGAACAUAAAACGAGUUAAACGUAGUUCCUUGUCGCAAGCUUCUACAUCCAAUGAUGUAUCCAAAGAAAAUAAAGUCAUCUACCACAAUAGCAUGCCGCAUUGGGAAUUAGCCGUGCCAUCAUCUUCAACACAGAGCACUUCCAUUUCAGUUCUGCAGAGUUUAAAUCAACCAUCGAAAACACCGCAACGACCAACUCGAUGUAUCAAAAGAAAUCCAUUAAAAGCACAUUCAACGAAUUUGUACGGGAAGAAGGAUGCGGCCGUGAAUAAAAAGAAACCAAAACCUGUAGCUUUAUUAGACUCAUCCUGUAAUACAACCAAGAAGGACCACGGCUUCCCAAUACCACCGAAAAAAGUUCGAGUAUCUCCUACGCAUAAUUUAAGUUCCAAAGAAUCAUCGCCACCAGCAAGAAAAGUUGGCACAGAAUCGAAUACUUCAGACGUUGGCUUUAAAGGGGUUGUUUCUGAUAGUACGGUAGGAUUUGAAUCAGCAAAGCUGACGAGCAUGAUCCUUCCCGUUAUUGGUGACAUAGAAUCGCAAGCCGUGACAUCUUCUGAACGGAACAGCUACAUUUUAUCGAAACCUGACAAAACCGACUGUGCACUGACUAGCUCGGUAUCUAUGACUCAAUUCUAUUCUGCCGGCAAUAUGUCAUUGUUGAAGAAGUGUACGUCCGAAUCCGUGUUGGAUCUAUACGCUACCAAGUCUGACUUGGGAGUGUCUUCUACAUCCAAUACCAACAUUGCAUCAUAUAAGGCCCCGAAUGCUGUCGACGAUGCAGUGGCGUCAUGUUCAUCGCGAAUAAUUGUUCAUCCAAGCAAUACAAAACCAAUCUUGACAACGUUCCGGAAGACAAAGAAAGCUGAUAACUUUCUCUUGAAAACUGGUGCUAGUGGCGGCAACCUUACAAGUCUGAACCCGAGAAUGAAAGGUGCAUUUGGCGGCAAUGAAAAUUCCAAAUUAACGAAGAAGAAACGCAUCAUCCGGCACGAUUCACUGAUUGUGAAGCGUAAAAAGACUAAAGCGAAAAUUACUCGUCAUUGAUUUUCGAUUGAUUUUCUGUCCACUUUACUAAAAGAUAAAGCAAAAGUAUGUUAGGUGAUGCGGGAUGUAAGAUAUGGCUACUUUCAUUCGAAUCAGGAUCACAGCAGAUAACAGAUCAAACUAUGCGAGAUACAUAAAUGUAGAGAGGACUGGUUGUUUGGGACCGGCCCUUGCAAAAGUUGAAAAGGAAAAACCUACCUAACCAUUUUAUUGACUACUUUUUCAAUGUUCGAGUUUAAGGUAAAGCUAUGAUGUCAUCUUCAGUUUUUUGAGAAAUGAUUAGCCAUUAUCCAAGUGAAUGCGAUUUUGAAUCGAUGAGGAUUCGUCCAUUUCAGAUGGGUGCUGUGGGCCUGCUUCGAAUGAAAAUGAGACCAAUUUUAUACAAUUACGCAAUGAUAUGUUGUUAAUUUAGCGUUACUGUGAUUUUUAAAUUUAAUAGGAAGAUAAAAAACACGAAAGAAAGCAAAAACAUAAUAUAUAAAAAAUAAUUGAACUUAUUUUGACUACAUUAUGCUUAAAAUAGGAACACUGUGCACAUAUAAGUGCACAGUACUUUCUCAACUUACUUACGAUCCUUCGUUCUCCUUUUCAGUUCCACUUUCUUUUUGCAAUCAUUUUAGUCCAACUAACUAUCAUUUUAUUCUAUAUUUCACCAGAGCUUGAAGAAAUUGAUCCAAUUAUGAAAUGUCGAAAUUUUACAAAAUAAACAUAUAUUUUUUGCUUAAUUUGGCACUUCUCAUAAACUGGUGGUCUCCAUGAAUAUUGUUAAUUAGAUAAUAGAAAUUGUAUUCUUUGUUUGAUCAAUCUACGUUACAAUCAUUAUCUUAGAUACUCUUUUGGUAAUUAUCUGAUUUCAGUAAACGGGGAAGCAACGACUCGUUUGUAAUGCGAUAAUUUACAAGAAGAACCCGGAAGAGUUUUCAGUAAUUUUUCGGAACAAAGCAAAAUUAGAUAGUGAAUAAUAACAAUGUUAAGUUGAAAUUAAAAUUGUGUGUUUAUUAGAGUCAUUUUCGUCUGUUAAAACUUAUAUUUAUAUUUUGAAAUAAAUGCGUUGAGCGAGUUCUAUCACUUUCAAAUAGUAUGAAAUCAUUUUUGGCCUUUUGAGUUGAGUUUAUUUUCAAGCGUUUCUUUUAUUUCGAGUUGGUUCGCGGUGUAAUUGCUAGUUAGCUAUAGGACUGAGUUUCAAAAUAUUUUUGGUGUAUUUUACCUAUAAAUUGUUUUUCCUUUUCCGAACUAAAACAUGGAUUUCCCACCGGUUUGAAAUAACUUUGUGUUAAAUCUUAUGCACAUAUUUUUAAGUCAAAUAUAAUUAUCAUAAAAAUUCUAAUAAAAUCGGUUUGUUGAUAUA